AUGGUGUCAUCCAGAAAGAAAUCUCAAUGUACAAUUGGAUCAAUGCUUGAUCUAUUAAAUGAGCCAGCAACAAAUGAUAGUGAUGAUGAGCAAAAUGCUAACAACAAUGAUCCACUAGAAGAAGAUACAAUUGGAAGAGGUCCAACAAGGCAGGGAUUUCGAUGGGGAACCGGUGAGAAAAUGAUAUUGGAACUUAAUGAUGAUAACCAAGUGGUUGGAAGCAUGGCUGCUGAAUUUGCGACUCAAUUGGGGGUUUUAGCUAAAGAAGGAAACAAGUUACCCCUCAUUUACACAGAUUGGCGUGCAUUGCCUAAGCCAAUGAAAGAUGAUGUGUGGGCUGAAGUGAAGGCCACCUUAAAGGCGUUGAAGCAACAAUUGCCACCUGAGUUGCAAGAUGAUAUUGAGGCUAAUAAUAAAAUUUUUGAAGACGUCAUUAGAAAAGAUGCUCCAGGAUGCCUACGCAGCUGUAAGAUUGUUUCAAAAAGUAAGAAAGUGUUCACCUCUCAACAAGAAUUUGAUCGAGCAGUUGAUGAGAGAGUUGCAAGCAUUCAACACAAUUUGGAGAUUAAAUUGCAGAAUGAGAUGGAUGAAAGAUUAUCCAAAAUGAAAGAUGAUUGGCUUGCCGAAAUGAAAACAAUGAUGCAGGAUCAAUCUUCUAGCUUUGGCAGUCCAAAUACCCCAGGAAACUCAUCAAAUAAUGGCCAAACAAAUCAAUCUACUAAGGUGAGCAAAGAGAUAAAUCAAUCUAAAGAUGAUAAUCCUCCAUUGAUUUGUUCAGAUGCUACUUCCACUAAGGAAAUUCAAAAGGUUACAUGA